AUGACCGCCCACGGCGACCCGCGGCUCCUCCACUCGUACAACACCAUCUUCCACGGAUUCGCCGCCUUGCUGACGGAGGAGGAGCUGGACGCCGCGUCCAGGAAACCCGGCUUCGGGCGCUGGUUCCCGGACGAGAUGAUGUACCCCACGACGACCCGCUCGCCCGAGUUCCUCGGCCUGAGCAAGGACGCCGGCUUGUGGCCGAAAUCUUGCUACGGCAAAGGGAUCAUCAUCGGGGUGAUCGACUCCGGCAUCGAGUCGAACCAUCCUUCGUUCGACGACGUCGGCAUGUCGCCGCCGCCCGCCAGGUGGAAGGGCACGUGCAAGGGCAUGGUCAGGCCCGUCCGGUGCAACAACAAGCUCAUUGGCGUCAGGUCCUUCGUGGACUACAACCCCGCCGAUGAGACCGGCCACGGCGCACACGUGGCCAUGUACAAGGCCUGCAGACCUAGUGGGUGCCUCCGCUCGAACUUAAUUCGUGCGAUUGACACGGCUGUGAGCGAUGGGGUCGAUGUGGUCAACAUCUCCCUCGGCCGUAAACCGGGACUACCACUCAGCAGGGACGUUGUGGCCAUUGGCGCAUUCCGCGCGGUGGCCAAGGGCGUCGUCUUCGUGACUUCUGCUGGCAACGACGGCCCCGACCCGUCCACCGUCAAGAACGACUCGCCGUGGGAGAUCACGGUGGCUGCCGGGUCGGUGGACCGGAGGCUCGCCGCCGACCUUGUGCUGGAGUCGGGCGACCUGCUGGUGGAAGGAGAGGCGCUGGUGCAGGGGGGCAACUCGACCGCCUACCAACCCCUCCACUACCCCGGCUACGGUAACCUGUGCAAGAAGGUGAGCGCCGACCGCACGAGGGGCCACAUCGUGAUAUACGACGAUGCGGAGUACGGCUCCUCCGUCGUGCAGGAGCCCGCCGCCGUCGGCCGCAAGCUCAAGGACUACAGCAAGUACCCGGAUUCCGCGGCGCAGGUGUUAUUCAAGGGCACACAGCUCGGCGUCGGCCCAUCGCCCACGGUCAUCUACUUCUCCGGCCGUGGCCCGAGCCGCGGCAACCCACACAUUCUGAAGCCCGACAUCCUGGCGCCGGGGCUCAACAUCCUCGCCGCCGCCACGGCGAGCCCAGACCGGGGGCCUUUCAGGUUCAAGUCCGGGACGUCGAUGGCGGCGCCUCACAUCAGCGGAGUCGUCGCUCUUCUCAAGAGCAUGCACCCGGACUGGUCGCCGGCGGCCAUCAGGUCAGCCAUAAUCACCACGGCCGAUGACGUGGACAACGAGGGCAGCCGGAUCAUGAACGAGAAGCACGAGCCGGCGAGCGCCUUCGCUGUAGGCGCGGGGCACGUCAACGCCACGCGGACCGUCGACCCGGGGUUGGUCUAUGACCUGGAGGUCAGAGACUACGCCGGGUACAUUUGCCAUCUUUUCGCCAAGCUCGACGAUGAUGACGACGACUACGCCGUGCAAGACAUCAUCCAGGACUUGAACUUGAAUUGCAAGACCGUGCCCCCUCUGUCGGACGUCGACCUCAACUACCCGAGCAUUGUGGUGCCGGCCAACACCACUGUGCGGAGGACGCUUACGAACGUGGGGCCGGCGGGGCAGUACACGGCCAGGUUGCACACACGCAAGAUCGUGUUCCAUGACGUUGGGUUGGAUUUCUCGCCCAAUUCACUGUCCUUCUCGCGGCUCGGGGAGAAGCUCACCUUCCAAGUUGCAACAUAA